GCUGCGAAGAGGAUGGCGGGCCGACCAAUGCAGAGUCGCCGAGGGAGGGGCCACGGGCUGACGGCUGACGGCAAAGGUCCCCGGAGCCGGCGGCCAGCCGAGACUGCAAGGGCUGAGAAGGCGACUGCAGAGUGCUGAGAAGGCGACAGCAGAGCAGGGCCGGGUAGUGGCGCGAGGUUGUCUGGGAAUUGACUUGCUCUCUGUGUAUCAGUUUCUCUCGUCUGUGAAGUGGAGCCUAGGGGUAGCUUUCCUCCGUGAGGUGGUGAGGGAUCCUGCUCUCUCCCAGGCCACUGUGGACAUGUGCAAGGGGCCCACCCCUUGGUCCAGAUGACACUCAUGUCGAUGGCUUCAGUGAUGGCAGUGACUGAACCAAAAUGGGUCUCAGUCUGGGGCCGCUUCCUGUGGGUGAUACUGCUGAGCAUGGUGCUGGGCUCCCUGCUGGCCCUGCUGCUGCCGCUGGGGGCCAUGGAGGAGCAGUGUCUGGCUGUGUUCAAAGGCUUCUACCUGCUCAGGAGCAAGUUGGACAGGGCCCAGCCUGCCAUCACCAAGUGCACCAGCCCGUCCACGGAGCUCAGUGUCACCUCCAGGGAUGCAGCACCGCUGGUGGUCAAGACCAAGGCCUCUCCAGCCAGCAAGUUAGAAGCCAAAGCAGCUUUGAACCAAGCCCUGGAAAUGAAACGCCAGGGCAAGCGGGAGAAAGCCCACAAGCUCUUCCUGCACGCCCUCAGCAUGGACCCGGGCUUCGUGGACGCGCUCAAUGAGUUUGGCAUCUUCUCAGAAGAGGACAGGGACAUCAUCCAGGCUGACUACCUGUACACCAGAGCGCUGACCAUCGCGCCCCACCACAAGAAGGCGCUGGUCAACCGCGACCGCACGCUGCCGCUGGUGGAGGAGAUCGACCAGCGGUACUUCAGCAUCAUCGACAGCAAAGUGAAGAAGGUCAUGUCCAUCCCCAAGGGCAACUCGGCACUGCGCCGGGUCAUGGAGGAGACGUACUACCACCACAUCUACCAUACAGUGGCCAUCGAGGGCAACACUCUCACCCUCUCAGAGAUCAGGCAUAUCCUGGAGACCCGCUACGCCGUGCCAGGGAAGAGCCUGGAGGAGCAGAAUGAGGUCAUCGGCAUGCACGCGGCCAUGAAGUACGUCAACACGACGCUGCUCUCCCGCAUCGGCUCUGUCAGCAUCGGCGACGUGCUGGAGAUCCACCGGCGGGUGCUGGGGUACGUGGAUCCUGUGGAAGCCGGCCGCUUCCGCACGACACAGGUCCUGGUGGGCCACCAUGUCCCGCCCCACCCUCAGGAGGUGGAGAAGCAGAUGCAGGAGUUCACCCAGUGGCUCAACUCGGAGGACGCCAUGAACCUGCACCCGGUGGAGUUUGCAGCCCUGGCGCACUAUAAACUCGUCUACAUCCACCCCUUCAUCGACGGCAACGGAAGGACCUCGCGCCUGCUCAUGAACCUCAUCCUCAUGCAGGCGGGCUACCCGCCCAUCACCGUCCGCAAGGAGCAGAGGUCCGAGUACUACCACGUGCUGGAGGUGGCCAACGAAGGCGACGUGAGGCCGUUCAUCCGCUUCAUUGCCAAGUGCACGGAGACCACCCUGGACACCCUGCUCUUUGCCACCACGGAGUACCCUGUGGCACUGCCAGAGGCCAGACCCAACCACUCUAGGUUCAAGGAGACGCUGCCUGUGAAGCCCUAACGCUCCAAAUCCUCCCUUGGUGGCAAAGGAUGUCCCAGGGGGGAAUAAAUCCAAGAAACUCAGCAUUUCUAGAAACCUAGUCAUCUCCCAGAGCAAGAGGAAGAUGGGACUACAUAAACCCACUCCUAGGUUCCUGAAAAUCUAUUUCUACAACAGUCAACACCCUGCACCUAAAUCGGGUCCUGUUCGAGUCUGAAAGGUCCACCUCUGUAACAAGCCCCUGUGGACAUUUGAGAGGGUGAAGUAAGGUCAGAGGACUGGCAACAGCAGGAGAACAAAACCGUUUAGCACCACAUGACCUGGAUUGCUAAGGAAAGGUCCAUGGCCCCUUGGUCCCCCGACUGACCCACAUCCUCUCACCCACGGAAUGGGCCUCUCUGCAGGGAAGUGGAUGGCCGGCCAUCCCAGAGAACACAGUUUCUUCUGACUGCUUCACAGCCGCUGCUUGAAUUCAAAAACACCUAACAACAAACGUUCUGUGCAGAAGAUAAAGAUGAGGUACAGAGAACCUAUCAACUAAAAAACUUAUUUACAAAACAACAAACAGGGAAUUGGAGAUUUGCCUGGAUGGUUGAUAACAUUAAGGUAUUACUGCUAAUGUUUCUAGAAAUGAUAAAACCACGGCCUUUAAGUCCUUAGAAAUACAUGCUACAGUGUUAUUGGGUUAGCACUAAUGAUGUCUGGGAUAUCCCUCCAGAACACAGGGGAUACAAGAGGGGCAGGAGGUGGAGAUGAAGACGGGCUACGAGCUGAGCAAUACUGAAGCUCGAUGACAAGCACACGGGGCUUAGUUUACUAUUCUACUUAUCUGUUUCAAAUUGUCCAUUAAAAAUGUUAAGUUAAAAAAUAUAGGAAAGCCUGAAUGAUGCAUAAAACCUUUAGAAAUAGAUAA